AUUUCGAAGCAAUUAAUAAUACGUGUUAAAAAACAGUUGAACUCACACCGCGUAAUAUAAAAAAGAGAAAUGAAGUAACCCCAAAGGAGGAGCAGUGAGAAAAAAAGUCAAGAGGCGCAUUUGUUAUAUAUUUUCGGAAUUAUUUAAAUAAAUGGUCAAUAAAUGAUGUCUUUAAAAUAAAUUUUAAAAUAAAAUAUAUAAAUACCCUGUCUCUCCAUGAUGUACAGAGACAGAGAGACUCCACAAAGAAACGCAAGUCGCUUUCCACACACGUGAUCGUUCGUCGACUUUUCUUCUUCUCCUUUAUCUUCAUCUCUCUCUCUCUCGUCUCCUAACCUUUUCAGAGGAUGAUGAAUUAGGGUUUAAUCAAUCCAACCAAAAGAAAAGAAAUCCAUAUAUUUUAUUUUUUUUGUCAUAUUUCUAUUGGGCUGCUUGUUUAUAUAUCUCCAGGUUUAACCGGCUCUGUUUUUACUAUGUUUAACGAGAUGGGAAUGUUAGGCGGGAACAUGGACUUGUACUCUUCUUCCUCUCUCGGGGAACUCGACUUCUGUCCCGCACCACACCCUGAACCGGAUUCUAUUGUUGAAGACGACUACACAGAUGACGACGAGAUCGAUGUGGACGAGCUCGAGAGGAGGAUGUGGAGAGACAAGAUGCGUCUCAAACGUCUCAAGGAGCAGGACAACAAGAGCAGCAAACAAGGAGUUGAUUAUGAUUCCGCCAAGCAGAGACAGUCUCAGGAGCAAGCGAGGAGGAAGAAAAUGUCCAGAGCGCAAGACGGGAUCUUGAAGUACAUGCUGAAGAUGAUGGAAGUCUGCAAAGCUCAAGGCUUUGUCUACGGUAUCAUCCCCGAGAACGGGAAGCCUGUCACCGGGGCUUCCGAUAAUCUCCGUGAGUGGUGGAAAGAUAAAGUCAGGUUUGAUCGUAACGGUCCUGCUGCUAUAAGUAAGUACCAAGCGGAUAACAACGUCCCUGGGGCUUGUGAAAGUAACGGUUUGAUUGGACCUACGCCGCACACGUUGCAAGAGCUUCAGGACACGACUCUUGGGUCGCUUUUGUCUGCGUUGAUGCAGCAUUGUGACCCUCCUCAGAGACGGUUUCCUUUGGAGAAAGGUGUGCCUCCUCCGUGGUGGCCUAACGGGAAAGAGGACUGGUGGUGUCAGCUUGGUUUGGGUAAAGACCAAGGUCCUGCUCCUUACAAGAAGCCUCAUGAUUUGAAGAAGGCGUGGAAAGUGGGCGUUUUGACUGCGGUUAUUAAGCAUAUGUUUCCUGAUGUUGGUAAGAUUCGGAAGCUCGUGAGGCAGUCUAAAUGCUUGCAGGAUAAGAUGACUGCUAAGGAGAGUGCUACUUGGCUUGCUAUUGUUAACCAGGAAGAGGCCCUGGCUCGUGAGCUUUAUCCUGAGUCUUGCCCUCCUCUUUCUUCUUUAUCAGGCGGUGGGAGUUGCUCGCUUUUGAUGAAUGAUUGUGAUCAGUACGAUGUUGAAGGGUUUGAGAAGGAGACUCGUUAUGAAGUGGAAGAGGUCAAGCCUGUGAAGGAAGAAGUCUCAUCAGAGUUCAUGAGGAAGAGGAAGCCUGACAGAGACUUGAACGCUAUAAUGGAUAGAACGGUCUUCUUCACCUGUGAGAAUCCUGGAUGUGUCCAUAGCGAAAUCAGCAGGGGGUUUUUGGACAGGAGCUCAAGAGACAACCAUCAAUUAGGUUGUCUACACCGAGGCAGUUGCUUACCGUAUGGAGCAGCAGGACCGUCCAGGUUCCAUGUCAACGAAGUUAAGCCUGUCGUUGGAUUUUCUCAGCCAUGGCCGGUGAACUCAGUGGACCAACCUAUUGACUUAACCGGUAUUGGAGUUCCUGAAGAUGGGCAGAAGAUGAUCUCCGAGCUUAUGUCUAUGUACGACAGGAACGUCCAGAGCAACCAAACUUCUAUGGUUGUGGAGAAUCAAAACGUGACACUGCUUCAACCAAUGGUCCAGAAUCAGUUCCAAGGAAACAUUGUGGAAGGAAGUUUCUUUGAAGAGUUUAACAUCCCAAACAGAGCUAACAACAGCAACAACAACAACCAAAUGUUUUUCCAAGGGAACAAUAUCAAUGGGUUCAAUUACGACACCACUCACAACAACAACUUUGAAGCUGCGCAAAACAACAGUAGAAGCAACAGGUUUCAGGAUGUCUAUGAUUCUGCACCGUUCGAUAUGGCCUCAUUCGUUUACAGAGAUGAUAUGUCAAUGCCAGGAGCAGCUGGGACGAUGGAUGGUAUGCAUCAAAAGCAGCAUGAUGCUUCCUUGUGGUUCUAAGCCUUGGUAGUAGAUUCCAUCUUCUGGUUAUUUUUAUCUCGUCUUCUUACAUUCACUCUUACCAUGUAGUAUUUUGGGGACGUCUCUUUGUCUAAACCUCUCUUGGUCUUGGCUGGGUGAAUCUCUUUCAUCAUCAGCUUCUUUUAGUUUACACACCCCCAUACUUGGGGACAAACACAAUGUAAGUUCUCAUAUUAUACAUAUAUAACUUGGAAUUAAUUUUAUGUACUGUCGUUGUUAUGUUUUUAUCAGCCUUUGUAAUUUGAUGUUUUGAACAAUGGUGAUGUGUUUCACUUGAACCACAUCGAAUCUGAGUACCCAUUAUACUUGAAAGCAAACGGGUUUGUUGCAAGUGGCUCGGUGGUAGUAGAGCAUGGCAGUGCUUCAAUUGACAAGCGGACAAGCGAUCAAACUCACACACACAUAGAAAAUGAAAAUAAAUUAUUCUAGAUAUAAGAGAUAGAGAAAUUCCUUUAAAUUGUCCUUUUUAAUUUAUUUUCAUAAAAAUAGAUUUCAAAGAAGAAAAUGACCAAAGUAAUUUUUUUUGAAGAUUAAAUAUGCAUUUAUACCCAAAGGUUUAUUAAUCUAAACUUAGGGUUUAGAGUUAAGAGGUAGAGUUUUGGGGAUAAGAUUUCAAAUUUUAAAAAUAAAAAAUAAAAAUUAAAAUUUUCAAAAUAAAAACUAAAACUUAGGGUUUAGAGUUAAGAGGUAGAGUUUUAUGACAAAAACUUAAAAAUGUUUAUUUGAGAUAAUAUAACGUAUUGUUAAAAACCUUUUUCGAGACAACUUAACUUAUUUGUCAAGGUCAUCAAAACCGUCUUAAUCGAUGAUGUUGUAUAAACUGGACGGGUGGUGUUAGCCAAUAGGUUAUGUUUUUUCCACGUCUAUUCUACCAGAAAUUAAAAAAAAAUUCAAUAAGAAAAACAAAUAAAAUAAUAAUACACAGAAAUGAAAAUAUAAAGUUCGAAAGUUAAAAUUCGAUAAAACAUAUAAAAUUAUAAGUUUCAUUAUAUUAAAUUAUCUUCCAAAAACUAUCUAGUAGCUAUUGAAGCUAAUUCCACUAAUUGUAUAAUCUGAUUGCUGUUUUUUACUACAAUUGAUAAGCAUUUUGGUAAAACAAUAUCCAAUAUAAAUAAUCAACUGGUUUAUAUUUUGAUUUACCCCGAUUUAUUAAUGACUAUGUUAAAUAUUUGUGUGUUUUAGCUAAUAAAAAAAUACAAUAGCCACAUUUACAUGAAGAACACACAAAUUUAAAGAGUUCAUUCAAAUUUAAUUGGUCUAAAAUUAGCUGUAAAAGCUGUAAAAACCUAUGAAAUAGGGAGAUAAUAUUUGAUUAUUUAAACCAUUCAUUAGAAUGUGAGACUUCUUCCAUCUUAACUGCAUGGAACUAGUUCGUCACCUCGCAGAAAUAGCCCUAAAUUACUCUGAAAAUGGAAACUAAUUUUCGCUUUAAUGAAACCGACAUAAACAUCAUACUUAACGUUGCGGCUGGUGGUGUGUGCACAAUUAAAGUUAUCCCUGUUGGCCGGCUCAUGCUAUUAGACUAAGUGCCCCCAAACACUUUAACUGAAGCAGAAGGUUCAGCUUGUGGGAAGACACCAACUCAAUCAGAAGGAUUAGGUUCUGAAAUAGCCGUUAAAAGUCUCUAAUGUUACUCACAGUCAAAAGAACAACAAACUUCCUUGCCGUCAAGAGUGUAAAAAGAUGACAGCUAAAGGAAUCUCUACCACCAACAAAUUUGGAUGCCUUGAAUCAUGUGCAAUCAUUUGCUGAUGUCAGCAUUGGGAUAAGAUUUCAUUUCAUGUAUAAAAGGACAGAUGACUCUAUAAUUGUUUCUCAAGUCGUAAAACAAUAAUAAAUUAAAAGUUGUUUUCAUCUUCAAAGCUUUGUGAUACUUUCAUGGUAUCAGAGCCAUGGAAGAAACCACAUACACAUUUUUUGCUCCUUCAUUGAGCAUUUCACAGUGCGUAACAUUCAAGUUAUCUUCCACAAACUAUGUUUUGUGGAAGACCCAGUUCGAGUCAUUUCUUUCUAGCCAGUGGCUACAUCAAUGGUUCCACUCCUCAUCCAUCUCCUACUGUUACAACAACCAACGGCGAAGUGGUUACAGAAGCGGCUAACCCUGAGUUUGUCAAGUGGGUUCGACGAGAGCAACUUGUUAUGGCGUGGUUGUUUUGAUCUCUCACAGAGGAAGCACUGCGUUCAGUCUAUGGUCUCCAUUCUGCUCAGGAAGUCUGGUUCUGUCUCGGUCAGAAGUACAACCGUGUGUCUGCAACCCGAAAGUUGGAUUUUCAGAGAAAACUUUAAAGGAUGUCGAAGCAGCAGAAGACCAUGGCCGUGUAUCUAAGUGAUAUCAAAGCGGUGUGCGACAGUUGGAUUUUAUCAGUUGUCCAAUAACAGAAUAUGAGAUGAUUUACGGUGCAUUGAGUGGUUUGGAAAAGAAUACGAGUCUAUCUGCACUGUCAUCGAGCAUUCUGUGGAUUCCCCUUCUUAGAUGACCUUCGAAGAUGCAGUUUUCAAGCUCAUAAAUUUCGAUGACAAGCUACAUAUCUACAAUCAACCAGCAGAAGUAAGCCCUCACCUAGCGUUUCACACCAGAAACGGACAUGGAUACUCAUCUCGUGGUCGUGGUAACUUUGUUAAUAGAGGAGGUUUCAGAGGAAGAGGAUCAGGCUCAUACUCUACAAGUGGUCGAGGUUUCCAGCAGCGGUUCAGUGGCUCGUCUGGAUCGAAUAGCAGAUGAACAUGUCAGAUAUGUGGUAGAUACGGUCAUUUAGCGGCGAAGUGCUACAACAGAUUCGAUCAGGAUUACCAAGUCUUAGACAACCUUCACAACGCCUUGACAACCAUGAGACUAUCUAAUCAAGAGCAACUGUCUGGUCAAGAACGGUAUCCUGAUUCAGCUGCCUCUGCACACAUCACCAACAAAUCGUCUCAGUUACACUCCUCUGAACCGUAUAUAGGUAAUGAUCAAGUAAUAGUAGGAAAUGGUGAUUUUCUUCCAAUCACACAUGUCGGUUUUAUUGCUCUUCACACUCCACAAGGUACAAUGCUGCCUUUAGAUGAUGUUUUGGCUUGUCCUGAAAUCACAAAGAAUCUAUUAUCAGUGUCUAAGUUGACAAAAGAUUAUCCUUGUGAGUUUACCUUUGAUUCUGAUCAUGUGUUUGUAAAGGACAAGGUGACAAAGGCAGUAAUAACACAAGGAAGAAGACUUAAGGAUCUGUAUAUGUUGAAGGAUGCAAGGUCUCAAGUUUUUUACUCUAACCGGCAACAAGCUACAAGUGAUGAGGUUUGGCAUCAGAGGUUGGGUCAUCCUCACAAGGACAUUCUUCAACAUCUUUCAAGAAAAAAUGCGAUAGUUUCCAAUAAGACAAGCUCCAAGACUCUUUGUGAUGCGUGUCAAGUAGGGAAGAGUAGUAGGCUUCCAUUUUUAGUUUCUGAAACUGUUACAAAUAGACCACUUGAGAGAAUACACUGUGACUUAUGGGGUCCAUGUCCGGUUAUGUCUUCUCAAGGGUUUCAGUACUAUGUAAUCUUUGUUUGACAAUAAAUCAAGAUUCACAUGGUUCUAUCCUUUAAAGCUCAAGUCUGAUUUCUUCUCAGUAUUCCUUCGCUUUCAAAGUAUGGUAGAAAAUCAGUGUCAACAAAAGUAUUACAGUUUCAGUGUGAUGGUGAAGGAGAGUUUAUCAACAAGGCUUUCAUGAAUCAUCUGUCAAAAUGUGGAAUCAAACAGAUGAUCUCCUGUCUUCAUACUCCUCAACCAAACGGUUUGGCUGAACGAAAACACAAUGCACCAAUGUCGAUCAUUCACUACAGAAGAUAAUUGAUAUCUCAUUGGCAAAAACAUCAUCAUCUUUAUCUUUCCCUUUCCCUCUACUCUUUGGCAUCAGAACCUCUUGAUCAUUUUCCAUAUCCAUUAUAUGUGAAAUGAAGAGGGUUUCAUUUUAAUUGUGCGGCCCUGAUUGAGGAGGAAGUAGACGGGUCCAAAUAUAUACAUGCAUCUAUUUCUUUUUCUUUCUAUGAUUGCCACACAAUUUUCUAGAUGAUACUUGAUACAUAAUUAAAAUUAAGUUGCAAGAACAAAGAUAUACACUAAAACCCUAAAAUAAUAAAUGAAGAAGAAAUCUAUAGAACUUUUAUAAUUAUUUUAGAAAAUAAAAAAUAUAACUCAAAUAAAUACUAUUUUUGUACAAAUUAAUGUUUGAUAAGCUAGCAACUCACUAUAUCAGUUAAUAAAAAUUCUAAUUUUAAUCAAGUUCUUAUAUAAUUAAUACUUCUGUGGAUUCAUAUCUCUUUAAAUAAGUAAAAUAUCAAAAUUUAGAUACUUUUUUAAAUAAACAUUUAAUCUAUCUAUAUAUUUUUUACUCAUCUGACAUUUUAUAAUUGCUUUCUGUCUAAACUGUAAUUCAUAAAUCUAUAACUCUAUUUAUUUUUUAUUCAUAAAUGCUUGGAGAGAUAAAACUUUCUAUGCUAUACAUUAAUUGUUAAUAAUAUUUUUCAUUUUAUGUAUGUAUAUUUUUUAAAAUAAAAAUAAUAUUCGUUUUAGUUUUUGGAAGAAGUGUUUUAGUUUUUAAAAUAAUAAAAAUAAUAUUUUUCAUCAUUACAAGUGUUUUUUUCGGAAGCAGCUUGUAAGAAUUAUUGAAAGUACAUAAUAUUCAAUAAUUCUCAAAAUUGUAUAUAUAGUUAAGCUAAUGAUUUUGGGAUUCUAGUGUUGUUGCAUAUAUAGCUGACAAGCACAAUGGUGCAGUAGAGAAAACAACCGAAGCAGUUUCAUCCGAUUUUGACUUGGCAUCAAAAUAAGUCUCACAAGUUUGUCAGACAACACCAAUAAAAUAAAUGAAGCUAAACAAAAGUCCAGUGAUAUAAAAUGAAAAAGUUGUAGAAAGUUUUUCCUAACAUCGAAAGCAACAAGGAAGAUAACAUUAAUGGUGGAAACACCGAAUGAGCAAGCUCUGGCGACUAACAAGUGAAUAUGGUUUGUGAAUGGCUAUUUCUUAUCUUUGGGAGUACAUAGCUCUUGUCAAGGCUAAUAUAAGUAUAUAACCUAUGUUUGUUUUCGAUAACUCAGAUACCUAGCUGGUAUGGGAUGUGGUGGCUCGUUAGGUACGUACCCCUAUCAUAUGAAAUAUCGGUUCAUUAAACUCAGAAAGCCAGCUGGUCCAGAAGCUUUGUAUAAAUUUCUACCGAUGGAUUGAACUCAGGGUGCGACCAGAUUUGGCCGUUUCACUUCCGAUCCUACAACCACUAGACCACAACCGCUGGUUUAUAACCUAUGGUUUCAAUUUUUGUAGUAACUAGCAAGCAUGUUUUAUAAAGUGGACACAAAUGUUUAUUGGAUUAACUUCUGAUAGGAUUGUUAUUUUGGUUUAUGGGUAGGCUUUGAAUUAGAGAGGCAUUUUAUCUUCUUUUUUUUCUUGUAACACAGAAGAAUAAAGGUGCUGCUUAGGAAAAUUGUGUUCAUAUGUCGCAAUUUCAUUUCGCUUAUGAAGAAAUAAAAUAUUUGUUACUUUGAUUUUUAAAAUGACCGUUUCUUAUCAAUGUACUUAAAUCAAUAUCAUUAUUUUAAUUGUCGAUUUCGCCAAUAAAAACAACAUUUCUCUAAUACCAAUGUAACUGGUUUUGCAAUUAUAAUUACUUGCUGUGGGCUAGAUACUUACCAUUAAUAUAUGCAACAACUCGAACACAAACAAAGAAAACCAAUGUAGUAACGUCUCUAUUGCUCAAAAAAGAAGAAGAAUAACGUUCCUUUCUAGUAAACGUACAGUCAUACAUACAGCUGUAAUAAUAUCAAUCUAUCCUAUACUAAAAGUAGAAUAUAAUCAACAUCUAGAGUGUCCACAUCAGCAUGUUUAAUCAACCAAUCAAAUAAGAACUUAAUGACAUGUCAUUCAUUUGAACAAAAUAUUUAGAUCAUCGUCAUCAUGCAUUUUUACGGGACUAACUCAUUUGCUCACGAUUGGUCCAAUUGGUUUUUCGGGCCUACUACUUAAUUUUCCAGCCCAUAAUUAUUCGUCUCCGGCGGAGAAUUAGGGCUAGCCACCAGAUCAAGAACAUUCGUCUCCCCUAUCUAUCUCUCCACCUCCCCUCUUUAUUCAUACGAUCAAUAACACCACUGACGUUUCUAUAUAUAGAUGAUAGAAGCAGGGUCCAACAUCUCAUAUCAAAUCGCUAUUGCGAAGCUUCUUCUAUUCACUACUUCAAAAUGUCUGCCUCCCUUGCUCAAUCCGCCGUUCCGCGCCACCUUCUUUAAACUCCGCCUCGGUAGGUCUUCACAGUUCAUUGUUGGCCACCUCCUCCGCUUCUGGGAUUCACAAAGCAUCAAGAAGAAUGGAGAAUUAUGAGGACCGCCCUACUCUUACUAGAUCAAAAGAAUUUUGUCAUCUACGGGUUCAUCCCAUCUGCUCGUGCCAAUCAGUUAUGUGAGUCUCUGCGAACCAGUGCCAUCGUUGAUCGGUUGAAGUUCGUUUCUGCUCUAAUCUAUAUUAUAAGAUUAUAGAUCAUUCUUUUGUUAUCCUUUCAUCCCCACCACCACCAUUGAUGAAGUCCUUACCACUUGCCCUGUCAUCAACCUUCAGACGUUCCUGCUCCGGAAGUUCGAGCAUCUCCAGGCUCUAGCAAACACUUUCUUAUAACUUCCUGAUGUUGUUCGCCUAAUACGAUCCUAGCAAGGCUCUGAUCUCAGCAAUGUCACAGCAACUACACGAGUUGUGAGCCAUUUUCUUAUUGACAUAAACAAAACGGUGGUAGUGUAGUUGUCUUUGUGGGACAUUGCUGCCGCAACCUUUAAGGGACAUCUGAACUCACCCGAUGUCACCCAGUCUGUUAUGGUCAAUCCAAAAAAAGAUGUGGAGGUAUACUCAUUUCUCUUUGACAAGCACAUACUUUCAUUCUAAAUAUUUUCCGCAAACCUCUUCAUACGUACAUCAAGCUUUAUAACAUCAUCUAAUACACACUCGGCCAUCUACAGGCAACCUCUAUCGUAACUCCACAUCUAUCUUAACUGGCAAGUAAAACAUAUUCCAAGAUAGUGUAAUUUAUGUUUUCUUUUAAUAAGCAAACUUGCUGAGCUAAUGUACCUAACACGUCCAAUUGUUUUACAGAGCUACGGCAACAACAAAUCUCCAGUGAUGAAUGGCCAAUCAGGACAACCAACAGCAUCUGGUGGUGUGCCCGGCAAAGAAAUGAAGUUGAUGACCCAAAUCUGCCAAGCUGGGCAGACAAAGAGAAGAGCCGCAAACGCCCAUGUGAGUGAUUGCUUCCAGUCCAACAAACCGUCAUCUCCACUUUAGUGUUCCUGCCUAUUCUAAUUACUACUUUCCUAAAAACAUUUCCUUCUCUGAAUUUUAGUUUAGUCUUCAGUUAUAUACAAACUAUCUCCCACUCGGAGAACUGUAACUUUUAUUUUAUAUAAAGGAAAUACUGACGGUUCUUUGCGUA